AUGGCCGCAAUCCUUUUCCUGCUGAAGGCACGGGAGGGGGCCUUGGAGCCUGGCGUAGCUUCCACCGUCAGCUCGCUGCACGACGACGAUCCCUGCAGAGAUCCUCUUUCGGUCUUCAUUCUUCCCCGCUCGAGCUGGGAUGAAGUAGUUGCGACUGCCCACCUGCUGUGCACAUCAUUCAAUCCCCGACCCGUGAAGAUUGUGUGCGUGGAGGCCGGCAUCGACGUCGUCUGUGAUCGGACCAAGCCACCACACGGUGCCGAUCCAGAAGCCGGCGAUGUGGAAGAGACUGCAUCUACGGGAUUGCCUACGCCACCCGUUCCACCUCCGUCCGAUUUUAUCAGCUACCUGUCCAAGAACCCGGAUGCCCAAGUCAGGGAGUUGAUCAAGCCCUAUCUUGAAUAUGAGCUUGAGCUGCGCAGGGCUUUUUCCCAGGGCGGUACGGGAAUCGAUGGCCUGGCUAAUCUAGUCCAGGUUUUUGAUGGAAGGGAGGACCAGUUUCUGCCGCGUGCAUCUGGCCGCAAUGGAAGUGACAAGGACAAGUUCCUGAUGCGUUUGCCACGGGAUAAACAGGCGAAGGUCAUCAUGGACGACUUCACUCAGUAUGAGCGCAAUUUCAGCGCGUUCACGCAUUCUUGUCUGGCCGGAUUAGACUGGUCUAACAUUGUCGCUGCUGGGUCAUCUGCAUUGUCGCCAUUACUCGCAUACGCUGGCGACUACCCCGAUUCCUUGGAGGAACCGGCGGUCGAGGAUCCUCUAGAGACGUACUACCAAUACACUGCCUGUUCCAGCGACAUUGACCUCUUCAUCUAUGGCCUGGACGAGGAGGCCGCGAUGAAGAAGAUUGUCGAGAUCGAGGCUACAGUCCGGGAAAACCAGAGGUUGCCUCCUGGAUCAGGAAUCACGCUCCGGACUCAGAACGCCCUGACCUUUAUAGGCCCACGGUGGCCAUACAGGCACGUCCAGAUCGUACUGCGUCUAUACAAGUCCAUCAGUGAGGUUCUCACAGGGUUCGAUGUAGACUGCGCCUGCGUCGCUUUCGACGGAAGGAAGGUCUACACCAACCCGAGGGGAGUGGCCGCCAUCCAGACGCAGACCAAUCUCAUCGACCUGACCCGUCGAAGUCCCUCGUAUGAGAACCGUCUGUAUAAAUACCGCAUGCGAGGCUUCGAUGCAUACUGGGGCCGACUGGAUCGCUCUCGGAUUGAUGAGUCCUCCGAUACGUACCAGGAGGGCUGGUCGAGCAAAGGCCUGUCCCGCCUUCUAUUCUUUGAGAGGCUCCUCUACACGCAUCAAGGCUCGUAUGCCCACUUCAACCGCCUGAGACACCGGUUCAAGAAUACAGACGAUGUUGCAGAGAGCGGGAAUGCGAAGGGACAUGCGGAGUCCGACGAGAGUGGGUAUACGGCCAUCAAGCUUCCUUAUGGGCAGCGUUACACCGCGACGACAGUGAGGAAGUAUGUCUCGGAGCGCUCCAGGGAGCAACACGUGUUUGGUACGAUUGUCGACGUCAUCGAGGGUAAGGCGGACCUGAACAAGAAAACGGCGGAACAUCUCCAGUGCAGAUUGAAAUUCAUCAAGGACGAUCCAGGGAGACAGAUGAUAGGUAGUUUCUAUCCCCUGACCGAGGACGGUUGGACCAAUGAUGCCUAUGUCAAGUAA